CUAAUAAUGUCUAUAUAAAGGCUAUAAAUUCUGAAUAUUUUUUCACCAUCAAACAUUAAUUCUUCUUACAAUUCAUUGAUAUAUCAAAAAAGAAAUAUGGGUUUCAAAGGCAAGUUGAUUGCUUCGAUGGAGAUUAAGUGUGGAGGACACUUGUUUCAUGAUUUUUAUCAGAUUAACGCUCAUCAUGUAUCUAACAUAAGUCCUGAUAAAGUCCACCAUUUUAAUAUUCACGAAGGUGAUCAAGAUCUAAAAGUUGGUUCAAUAAUUGGCUGGAAAUAUAAUCAUGAUGGAAAAGUUAAGGUUACUAAGCAAUUGAUUGAAGCCGUCGACGAUGAGAAGAAAUUAAUUACUUGGAAAGUGUUAGAGGGAGAUACGUUGGAAUUGUAUAAUUCCUUCGCUAUUACUGCCUCCUUUGAAGAGAAUUGGGCAACAUGGACACUAGUAUACGAGAAGAAAACUGAAGACACACCAGAACCUAUUACUCUCUUGAGUCUUAUGAUCGACAUCACUAGAGAUUUGGAAAGUCAUCUCCACAAUAACUAAAAGAUCAUUAACAUUUGAAAAUCUCAUCUGAAAUAUCUAUCUGUGUGAUGAUUAAUAAAAAAUUAUUGAUUUGUCUAAUAUGCGAAAUAAAUAGUGUUGUAUGGAGGUAUUGUAUCAAUGUGUGUUUGUACUCAUUCCAGUUUUUAUUAUGAAUAUAAAUAUAAUAGAUUGUAAUUAGCUAAUGUCUUCUUGUAACAUUAGUAGACAUGAACUCGGACUCAAGUGCCUUCAAGCAUGAUCUUAAAUUUUAAUGUACUUAAUUUUGGUUUGUAUUUGAAUUCAAGGGUUUUUUAGCUUA